AAAUCAUAUAGGAGUACUAUUAUACGUAUGUCAGGUACAAAUAUCGCGCGCUUUUCAGGAAUCUAGGGCGUAAGCAAUCUAUCGCGGGCUUUUCAGGAAUCUAGGGCGUAGGCAAUCUAGGAUUUCUACAUAGUACUUUUUUUCUUUGCAGGUGCCCUUACAAACGGAACAGCUCCGAUCACGAACAUUGGCCUCAUAGGAACAAUUGUCAAUCAGAAUGAGAUCUUAAUGCUGUUUGUUUUUGAAGUUGGCAAUAGAAUCACAAGGAAAGCUCUGCACUGAAGGUUGUGAAGUAGUAGUUGCAUAGUGGUUGGGAGAGGAGAAUGGCUUCUUCAGAUGACGAGGGCGAGGCCGUGCCACAUACUGUCUCGAACUACCAUUUUGUUGAUGGCAACGAAGAGCCCAUUUCAUUUUCAGAGUUACCAGUUCAAUGGAACGAUGUUGAGGGAGUGGAUUGUGAGGGAAAACAGAUAUUCCUGCGUGGGACUGCUGACAAUGGCCUUCUAAUAUAUAAGCAGGUCACAGCAUGGAAGUUCAACCUUUCAGAUGUGAACCUGGAGAUAUCUGUGUUAUCUAAGGAGAACAACUGGAUUAAUCUUCAAAAGCCUAGAAAGAGUUUCGAGGGCAUAAUCAGAACAAUCUUGAUCACCAUGCAUUUCCUAUGCUUUGUGAGGAAGAACCCCGAAACCUUUGGGGGAUCUGUGUGGGAUAACUUGUCUAAAGUUUUCAGCUCCAAUGAGACCAGACCUUCUGAGAAUGAUCUCAUAGACCACACAACUUUUAUCAGUGAAGUUGUUAAGAGGGAUGAAACAUUAGCAAACUCUAAGUUUUUAGUUGCAUUUCUCGAGAAGCCUGGGCAGAAGAAAGCUCUUGAUGAGGACAAUGGAACAGUAAAACGCGUUGGGUUUAUUGUGGAUGAUUAUAUGAUGGAUGGGAUUGAAGAAGAUGACGGAUCCGAUGAAGAAGUCGACCUAUUUGAUUCUGUCUGCGCCAUUUGUGAUAAUGGCGGAGAUCUUUUGUGUUGUGAAGGGAGGUGCAUGAGGUCAUUUCAUGCUACUGUAGAAGCUGGUGCUGAGUCCCAGUGUGAAUCUCUUGGCUUUUCCAGUGAACAAGUAGAAGCAAUGCAGAUUUUUUUCUGUAAAAAUUGUCAAUACAAGCAGCACCAGUGCUUCUCUUGUGGGGAAUUAGGCUCUUCUGAUAAGUUGUCCGGUGCUGAGGUUUUCCCCUGUGUUUCUGCAACUUGUGGCCGAUUUUACCAUCCACAUUGCGUUGCAAAACUGCUCCACCGUGAGAGUGCUGCUGACGUGGAAGAAUCUCGGAUGAAGAUUGCUGCUGGGGAAUCUUUCACGUGUCCCAUUCAUAAAUGCAUUGUCUGCAAACAGGGUGAAGAUAAGAUGGAUCCUGAUUUGCAGUUUGCUGUAUGCAGACGGUGUCCCAAGUCGUAUCACCGAAAAUGCUUGCCUAGGAAAAUUGCUUUUGAAGAUCUGGAUGAUGAAGGCAUCAUACAAAGGGCUUGGGAAGAUCUUAUUCCCAACCGUAUUCUGAUAUACUGCUUAAAACAUCCAAUUGAUGAAGAAAUGGAAACUCCGAUUAGAAACCACAUAAAGUUCCCAGAUGAUGGACGAAAAAAGACGAAACAAGCAUCACAUCAAUUCCCAAGCAGGGAGAAAAUUUUCAACAGAGAGGGAAGUCUGGCACGUCAGGAUGCUCCCAGAGAGAGAACUCUUGGCAAAGCACAGAGAGGUGUUGAGUUAUCUUCAACUAUCCAAGAGGUUGAUUCUUCAAAUAAGAAAGUGAAAAGAUCGAAUGACCCUGAUUUUUCCAAGAAACAAAAAGUGGCUGGUACAUCUUCGAAGCCUUUGAACAAAACUGCCUCUACAGGAGUCGGCAAGUCCACUUCUGAGAGGUUGCAUGCCUCAAGCAAUAUGGGUCCUGAGACAAUUAUCUCUAGGAAGAAGAGCACACCUAAUUGUGAACAUAACCAAACCCUGAAACUAGAUGAUGAUGCAAAGCAGAGAAUGCUGGCUUUAAUUAAACGUGCUACAUCUUCUAUCACGCUGGAUGAGAUAAUAAAAAAGCACAAAGGACCAAAUAUGCAUGGCGUUUCACCAAAACAUGUAGUGGAUAAGUCCACUACGUUGGGAAAAGUGGAGGGUUCUGUUGAGGCUCUUUGUGCAGCCUUAAAGAAGCUAGAAGCAGGUUGCAGCAUGGAAGAUGCGAAAGCAAUGUGUGAACCUGAGGUUCUCCAUCAGAUGGUUAGGUGGAAGAACAAGCUUAGAGUGUACCUUGCACCAUUUCUCCAUGGGGUGCGCUAUACAUCUUAUGGACGCCAUUUCACGAAAGUGGACAAGCUGAAAGAGAUUGUCGAAAGGCUCCAUUGUUAUGUACAAGAUGGCGACAUGAUAGUUGACUUCUGUUGCGGAGCCAAUGAUUUCAGUGUGCUCGUGAAGAAGAAGCUUGAUGAGACAGGGAAGAAGUGCUUAUACAGAAACUUCGAUCUUUUACAAGCAAAGAAUAACUUUAACUUUGAGAAGAGGGAUUGGAUGACUGUCCAGCCAAAUGAAUUGCGGCCUGGGUCACAAUUGAUCAUGGGGCUUAAUCCUCCUUUUGGAGUAAAUGCCGCCCUUGCAAAUAAGUUCAUUGAUAAGGCCCUUGAGUUUAAGCCAAAGCUCCUUAUCCUAAUUGUUCCUGCGGAGACAGAAAGGUUGGACAAAAAGCGUACUCCUUAUGAUCUGGUUUGGGAGGACAAGGCCUUGCUUGCUGGCAAGUCGUUUUAUUUACCUGGAUCUGUUGAUGUCAACAACAAUGAACUGGAGGAUUGGAAUGUGAAUCCACCUCCACUCUACCUCUGGAGUCGCCCUGAUUGGACUGCGAAACACAUGGCAAUUGCUCAACAGCACGGACACUCGUCAAGGGUCCAGGAAAAACCACAUUUGGAAGAUGAUCAUGAUUUGAAUGGUCAACCUUUGGUGGGGCUCGAUGGUUAUCUUGAAAAAAGUGAACUCCAUGAACCACUCCAAGAAAGAGGAGCAAGUGUGUCUAAAAUUCAAAAAGAAGGUAUCCCUGUUGGUAGUGGUGACAGUAAUGUCCCUGGGAACCGAAGCCAUGAGAAAAAUCAAACUAACAAGUAUCUAAAUAAGAAGAAGAAGAAGCGGAACAAAGGAAAGCAGGGGAGAGAAUUUUCAACUGAACGUCAUGCUAACUAUGGUGUAUCUGAAUCACAUUCAAACUUCCGAACAGGGUCUGGACCCGCUUUUGCCUCCGACAUUGCAACUGGCUAUGGAAACAGCAAUGUGGAGGGCGGUAACCUGGGGGGACAAUUUGGACUCUACCAGAGGGAGAACACAGAUAGUCGUGGUAAUAGUAGAUCUUAUGUCAGUGAGAUAGAACGGCACACAAGGGAAUAUUCAAUAAGACCAAAUUUUCAACCUUAUGGGCAACAAGAUCCCAGUAGUUUCGGUCAAAGAAACAUCUUUUUGGGAGGUCAAGCUCCUGGGUAUCUGGGUUUAGCGGCAGCAGACUUGUCGUACGAUAGGAUGAACAUGUCUACAAUGCAGCGAUAUGCACCACGGCUCGAUGAGCUAAACCAUGCAAGAACGAACCCUUCAGGGUAUCAGCCAGUUACAGCAAGUAGAAAUGGCAUCUCCUAUCCUCGUGCUCCCCAAAGUGGGUACAUAUAUAACUCGAUAUUUGCCCCCGGUGCUUAUGGGCCCUUUUGGCAGUAGAACUCCUCCCGCUGGCUUAAUGUGUGGAUAGGUUUUUUGCUACUUUCAGUAUGCUCUUUAGCUUAGAGUAGAAAGGUCUGGCUUACUUUUCUGCACUUCGCGGUUGGAGCUUGGAUCCCCAUCAGGCGAAGAAAAAGCUUGGAGCACAAAAAAAUAGUCUAGCUGCCCACCACAGGUUGCAUUUUUGUUGGUGUUCAAAUUAUUUAUUUCAUACAGUAGGAUUUUUUGAGUUAAUCGUCCAUAUAGAAAUCCAGGUUGAUAUAUCUUGAAAAAAAGUACUGUUGUAAAUUUUGACCAUUGAUUUGUUAAUGAGGAUGUUAUUCAAUCA